GUCGCGCUGCGCACACGUCGUUACAUUCGCGCGGUUUAUUUUUGUUUCACUUUUGCCUUUAUACUUUUUUAUCGUCGAGGACGAGACGACGAAUCGCUCGCUGCUCGGUGCUAGUGUUUUAAACUUGUGACAUUGGUGUGAAUAUUAUUAAGAAUAAUAAUUACAUUAAUUUGAUUGCAAUAAUGUACAUGUCCGGAUUUUUUAUUUUCUCCUCCGAAUUAACUUCGAGAAUGACGCCACAAGAGGAGCGCGAGAACGCGCGCGGGGUGGAGAUCGCGGAUGCCUUCGAGGAGGAGAUGUUCGGUCCUCCGCGCACAGAGCCCGCCGCGCGCCCCAAGCUCUCCAUGAUCUCUGCAAGGCUGCGGGCCAACGAGGAGCGUAAACGAGUCAUCGAAAUAUGCUCGCAGAAGCUGGAGAACAUUGAGGACCCGGCGCGCGACCUCCGCCGGUCGGUGUGCAUCAAUAACACUUACUGCCGGCUGAGCGAGGAGGCGCGCAAGGAGAAGGAGGCGCGGCGGCGUCGUGCGCGGGAGGAGUGCGACGACUCGUGGGCGGGGAAGAAGGCGCGCCGUGAGGUGGAGGACGAGUGCCUCGCGCUACUGGACGCCAUCCCGGAGCUGGGCGACGCGAACCUUGGGUGCGCGCAACUGGCGCGUCAGUUGCCCCGGCAGGACGUACCACUGCUGCCGCCCAGCCUGCUCACCGUGCUCGACUCAUGACCGCGCCGCGCCACGCACCUCAACUCGCCGCUGUGACGCCAGCGAUCGGAAUGAGACGCGCUCGAGCCGAACGCGCUCGAAACGUUGACCGUGUUUCCGGACGUGCGCGCUCCAAACGACCCGGAGUGCGCUCCGAGCGAUCCGGGUCGCGCUCCGUACGGCGCCUCGCCGCCAUGAGCGACCAGCGCAUACACGUCACCCGGACACUCAACGUGUAGCCAAUUCUUUGUUGUCUAAGAAGAGUACUUACUUUGUUAGCAUGUUUUUUUUAUUAUUUAGUGAAAGUUGCUCAGGCGCCGCCGCCGCGGGGGGCUCCAAUUAGUGUUCGAUGAUGGUUCAAUCGGAGGACCCUGAGCAGCGUCCGCCACAGGACGCAAGGGAACGAGAAAUAAUCCAGGAAGUGUUGUUGGGUUACAUCGGAGAUAUAGUUGUAAGCCAUAAUGUUACAUUAUUAUAUUAUAUAAUUACUAAAGUAAAUAGUUUAUAAGUGAUAGUGCAAAUUACUGGGAACGGUCGCGAGAGCCUCGAAAGCGUAUAGUUUUUUUACUCGUUUUCUUAUGAUUAUUUUAUUUUAACUUUUAUUUGCGUUGUCGCGUUAGAGAUGGCUAUGUUUAAUAUUUCAAAUGGUAUCUGUUCCUCGCAUUCCGCAAACUUCGAAAGUAAAAGUUGAGCGGCGAGUGAGCGAGCUCGCCUGGCUCGGCUGGCGGCCGCCCGGUGGGCCAUCGCCAUCGCAUGCAACGUGCGACUGCCACUACCGUCGCCAGUUUGUUGUUAUAAUGAAACAAAAUAAAAGCGAGUAUUUUGGAAGUUAUGACGCGUGUUAAGCCGAAGGCAGCUCGUGAGGCUCGCGACCUCACUCGCGGAGAUCGGCAAGGGCAAAUGUUUGAGGGCCAACAGCCGAAUGUUUGAUGAAGCAUUGCAUUUUGACGAACAACUCUUUGUAUUUAAUUUGUUUUGUUAUGUUUUGAGUUGAACGUUCUUAUUUGCUUCUACGUUACCUUAUCUUAUAAUUUACGCCCUGUUACCAUACCUUAUUUAAAUCGGUUGAUAAAUCUAAUAAAGUUCGAUGGUUACAUAGCUUUUCGUUUUGAUACUGUAGCAACAAUUUAUAUUGUAACUUGUUUAUGUAAUUGUUAAUUUAUUGUUUGUAUGGGAUAAUCUUUUGCGAUGGCUAUACAACCUAUGCUUCGACGAGUAAUUGCGUUUUUCUAUUGAAAUCUUAAUUGUCGCAAAAUAUAUCGGUAGUUGCCCGCUUUGCCCCCUCCGUAUAGUAAGUAGGCACGUCGGGGGUGGUCGCGGUGCGGUGGGAGGGGAGAGGCGGGCAGGGGCGCGCCGUUCCCAGCACUCCUGUGAUAUUAGCCUAGACUGUUUGUCAUGUUCGUGCUAGUUUCCCCAUCUGACGAUUUUUUUGACAUUGUGCUUUGUAAAAAGUAACGCUUGAGAAAAUGAAUCCUUUUUCUAAAUCGGCGAUUUUAUACGGAUUAACCGGAUUUUGAAGCCGUUUAACCGGCGGUAGUGCGUUUAGAUAUCUCGUCACUGUACCAAUAAAUAUGUAGUAUGAUUUUUAUAUGGCGUUUGUAUGUUGAUAAGGAAAAUGUAUUAUAUAAUUAAGUGCUUGUAAUGCCUCAUAUACUAUGGAAAUUGAAUGGUCGAUGAAAUUCCGUUUAAAUUAUUUAAACUUUCGUGAGACAUUAUACUAAACUGAUAUAUAAACACGGCU